UGGCCAGCUGAUCAGUGCUUAGAAAGCUACUGAACGUGUUGGAUGAGAACUUUGAGUUUAAAUUUUAUUCGUGAAAGUUUUUGGUUUGAAUUUUUAACAACAAAAAUGUUUGCUGGCCAUUGCAAGCAAUUGAAUAAAAUUAUAAAUACAAAUGUUAAUAAUAUAAGUAAAAUAUUUAAACGCUGCUUAACAGCGAAAUUAGUGGAGAAUAAAUACGUUGAGAUCCAAGAGCAGUCAUCCUCAGAUGCAGCGGCCAUGAAGUUCCCAGGUGUUUGGCUGCGCGACAAUUGCUGCUGUGAGGAAUGCUUCCAUCAAAGUUCUAAGUCACGUCGCAUAAAUUGGGACAAAUUUGAUACAAAAGUGCAAGUGACCGACUUGAAGGCCGAAGCUAUAACAAAACAAGUACAUAUCAAGUGGAGUGACCAGCAUCAAUCAAUUUUCGAUUUGAAAUGGUUGAAGGAACGCAAUUUUUCCGAUGUGCGUCGAAAAGAGUAUCUCACAGACUUCUACCGCCCGAAAUCGUUGCAUUGGAGCGGUGCAGACUUUGAGAAAAUUACCGCAAGAUUUGAUUUCAAUGCUGUGAUGGAAGACGACAAAGUUUUGCAAGCCUGGUUGGAGGCAUUAGCCGUGCGUGGUGUUGGUAUUAUAAAUAACGCUCCACUGGAGAAGACAGUCGUUCGUCAAUUAGCUGAGCGUGUUGGUUUCAUACGUAAAACAACCUACGGCGAGGAAUUCAUUGUACAAUCGAAACCAGGCGCAAAGAAUUAUGCCUACCUAUCGGACCCACUACCCCUGCACACAGACCUGCCAUACUACGAGUACAAGCCCAGCGUCAACAUAUUGCACUGCAUGGUGCAAUCAGAAUCGCCGGGUGGCAGCAAUUUACUGGUAGACGCCUUUCACAUUGCAGAUCGUCUCAAGGAAGUACAUCCGCAGGAUUACAAAAUUCUAACAGAGACUUUGGUCGAUUGGAAUGACAUUGGCAGCGAAGACGGCAAGAGCUUUCAUAACAUUUGGCGUGCGCCUGUGAUAUGUUUAGAUAGCGAAGGAAAUUACGCGCGUAUAAAUCACAGCAUACCACAGCGCGACAGCCACUUCUCGGUGCCGCUGAAAGAGGUACUGCCCUGGUAUGAGGCCUAUGCGAAGUUUGUCACUUUGGCCCGCGACGACGCUUAUUCAUUCAAAACGAGACCCGGCGACGUUUUAACUUUUAAUAAUAUUCGCUUGCUGCACGGCCGUACCGGGUACGAUGACACCGAGGGAAAUGUGCGAUACAUAGUAGGCGCCUAUCUCGAUUGGGACAUCAUUUACUCAAAGCUGAGAGUGUUAAAAGGAGCACAGUCUGAAGGGAGGCGGCAGAGUUAAUGCACUAAGCACAAAGGCAAUAUAAAAUAUUCCUGGCACAAAGGAAUGCAUUUCCCUGCUCUAAUAACAUUCUCUAUGUAAAAGGACUCGCGUCAUUAUUGAUUUUUAAUAAAUAUCCUGAAAUCAG